GCACGAUCACGGACAAUCGUUUGGUUGUUGUAAACAACUGUAUAAUCGCACGAAAGUCCUUUUUUUCUGAUUUUCCUCUUUUGCAGUUUCAGCUUUCGAUAAAAAGCGAUGGGUCUACUUUCACUCCUGAGGAAAUUAAAAUCUGCCCCAGAUCGUGAGCUGAGAAUUUUAUUAUUGGGGCUUGAUAAUGCUGGAAAAACUACUAUUCUAAAAAAAUUAGCAUCUGAGGAUGUCACGCACAUUACGCCAACUCAGGGCUUUAAUAUAAAAAGUGUCCAGUCUGAAGGCUUCAAAUUAAAUGUGUGGGAUAUUGGUGGCCAACGAAAAAUCCGUCCAUAUUGGCGUAAUUACUUUGAAAAUACAGAUGUCUUGAUAUAUGUAAUUGAUAGUGCCGAUAGGAAACGAUUUGAAGAAACAGGUGUUGAACUGGCCGAAUUAUUAGCUGAAGAAAAAUUAGCUGGUGUACCAUUGUUAGUAUUUGCUAACAAACAAGAUUUAUUUAAUGCUGCACCUGCAAGUGAAUUAGCUGAUGGUCUAAAUUUACCAGCAAUCAGAGACCGUUCGUGGCAAAUUCAGGCUUGUUCUGCAUUAACUGGAGAAGCCUUAAAGGAAGGAUUAGAUUGGGUAUGCAAGAAUAUCAAGAAAAAAUAGCCUUCUCAUUAUGCAUAUUUUGAGCUCUAGUCAUCAUCUGCCAGCUACAUGGAAGAAAAGGGUUUGCACAAUGGUAGUUUCAGUAGAAUCAAGUCUGUGAUAGGCUGGUAGCUUCACUAGCACCAUCCGCACUUUUGCAGCUAAGUGCCCUGCACUGCCUUUAUGCAUAAAAUGUUUUUUAAAUUGAGGAAAUUCUUGACAUACUCAUGUUUUUAUGUGCUUAAUUAUUCAGAGAGUCCAUAUUUUGGUGAGAUGGUCAUGACGUUUUGCCUAUGAGAGGAAUAACUUUUUCUUUAUCAAUGCAGGGUCAUACUGAUUUAACUCAAUGAACUCUUGAAUAUUUUUCUCUUUAAAAUUUUAAUUUAUAAGAGAUGAUUUUAUUUAUAGUAAAGAAAAAAGGGUUAAGAUAUCAUUUUAAAGUAUUUUUUAACCAGAGCAUGGUUUAUUUUCUGUAAGAUACAAAAAUAUAGUAUUAGCUAUUGAUAAAAUGAUUAUAUGAACAUUGUUAAUUUAUAAAAUGUAUUCCUGUUAUAACUUCA